GUCAGUGACAGAUUAGGAACUCAAGUCUCAAAUUAAAAAUACUCUUUUCUGCUUGGUUCUCGUCUAUUAGUAAAUUAAUGUGUAUUCAAAAAUAUAAAUUAAAACACUAUAUUUAAUUCAUAGAAUGACAGAGAAAGAGGUUACAAUUGAGGAACUGGACGAUACAGUAAAACAAACAAAUGAACAACUUGAUCUGAUGGAAUGGAAACUUGAUGGAGGGGGGAUGGAUAUAGUGGCUCCUAUCAACAACCAGGAUGUUUGUAUUGUCAAUUUACUGAAAUCUGUUUCUGAGGUUCGGUCCGACUACCAACAGCUUCGCCGUGAGUUGAUUGAAGUGCAGGCGCUUCAAAGGGAGCUAUCUACGCGCCUGCGCACACAGUUGCGACUAGUACAUGGGAAAUUCGCACGACUGCGACAAAGAAUCGCAGCCGCGUCGCCACCUCGUUAGUCGCACGUCUACCUAACCUUACUGCCAUAACUAGUCGUUUUUUGGAUAUCUUUUAGAUGACUGUCACAAAAUAAAUAGAUAUGUAUAGUUGUACGAAUACAAAGUGUCUGAUUUGAAUUGUUGCUAGUUAAUUUAUUUUGUGACAUAAUAACCCACGAAUAUGUCUUGUAGUACAUUAGGGUCUCAGUAAACAUGUGAUUAAUAACACUCGUUUCUAAGCACCAUAAAUUGCUGUCAAUUAAACCUUUUUCUUCCAGGUAUAGAUUACCUUUAGUGCCAAUGUAUUUAAUUCUAAAUCAGUAGAAUCAAUUAAGAUCUAGUAUAAAAUCAUAGAAAUAUUAACGAGGAAAGUAUGGAAAAGGAAGCGAUUGAUCAGUUAUGUGAUAAAGUUAUGUUGUGUGAGCUAAAUUUCUGUUCCUAUCGAAACACAUUGUAUGUCUCGGUUACAAUGUGUAGCAAAAUCUAUGUAAAAAGAAUGGCUACACUUUGGCACCUAGAUUUAAGACCGGUGCUAUAUUGCUAGGAUGAAGAUGUACUUUGAUAUACCUGUAUUAAUAUUUUUGUUUAGAGGCUAAAAGAUUGAUUGUGGAAAGCCUAUAAAUCAACACAUCGAAUGUAGAAAGGCGAAUGAAUUUGGAUCGAAUUUAAAAAUGUUGUACUUAGAGUACGCUGUAGCGCUACAUAGACUCUUGUACCUUUAGGUUCGAUACUGAUGAGCGAGUCGAGUUUCGAACAAAGCAAAGGUUCUAUAAAGCGCAAUACACACUGAGCCCGCCGGGCCGCCGACAAACUCCGGCGACACAACCCGGCGGCCUGUAUGAAAAUAAUCAUGUCGGCAACAUGCGCCUGCGCGUGUUACCCGCCGACAUGUUGGCGGCUUGGGUACGCCUGCGCUCAGUUGCCCGGCACAACCUUUAUCGACAUGCGGCAAUCACUGACUGCCAAAUUAAUUUCUCAUCUCAAGCCGCCGACUAAAUUUUCCGACGUGUAGUAAGUGAAGCCGCCAACUAGACCGCCGACAAAAAGUUGCCAACAUAUGUCGGCGGCCUCAAUGUGUAUUGCUUAACGCAGACCGUUAAAUUAAUAUCGUUUAAUGUAUUGUUAUGAAAUCAGUAAAAGGGAUUAUCGAUUACCAAAUUAAAUAACGCUUUUACCAAAGACGAUAAUGAUGGACAUUUUGGGGAUGCGACGAGUCGAUCGUCUGUACCGAGCCUUAAAUAUAAAAACUAGUAAACUAAGUUUUAGAACAAAUUUACAUUAGAUUUCCUCUUAGGUAUUAAAUGUUGCAUUUAUUUUUUCGUAAUUUACACUUAAAUCGCACGGUCACUACAUAGUUAUAUUAGAAUAAAUAGCACAUAUACGUAUAACUUACAUGCUAUACUUAAUGCACUGAAGGUGGGCGGUUUAGCGUUUAUUGGCAUAUUAUUUCAGCUAAAUUAAGUCAUACGUACAUAUUUAUUGGUUGAAUAUACUAUUUAUUAGAAAUGAAUUCUAAUUUGCAUUGAAAUAAUAAAUUAUUUUUGUAUUCUAAUUGUUUCUACGACCGUUUGCCAAAUACAUCUCACUAGUUGUAAGUAAUACAUGUCUGAAACUAUGUAUAAGUCUAAAUUAUUGUAAAGUUACUGAACUAAACCAUUUCCUAUUUAGUAUCUAACAAGGUUUUUUUGUGUAUUAUUGGGUAUUUUAAUGAACGUACUUAUUGAAUCUUGUAUUCAAUUGUGACGGCAUAAGGUCAUGUGAACUAAAGCUUGCUUUGUAGUCACAAUACGGAUUGACGUCAUGAAAAUCAAUACAAAAUAGGUCAACUAUAAAAUCGUUUAUUUACUGCAGUGUAAGGUUCUAUUUAUGUUUUGACGAAUAAGCGCUGGCUAACUUAGAAUUCGAGAAAUAUAUAAUAAUAUAACAUUUUAUUACUUGACGCCGGAUAUAAAAAUGUCUUACCCUAUAGUGAACACAGUAUGUUAUGAACUUAUUUUAAUUUUUUUGUCUCGAAUAUAAAACUCGAAUCGCAUUAAUAAGAUUUGUAUUGAAAAUUUGUCUAUCAUUUCUAUUGUUAAAUUUACUUUAAAUUUUUUGAAAAUGUUUAUUAUUCCAAUUUAUAGUUGUAAACUAUUGUGUCAGAGACACCUUUUAUUGAAAUAAAACUUGUGGUUUUCAAAGCUA